AUGUUGGACCCAUUCAUAUUCCGAUUUGAAGAGGAUGAGGAGUGGGACUUGGUUGUCAAAGAACGCAUCGUAUCCUGCAGUCUUUCAGAACCCCAGAGGGUCAUCCAUGACCUCAUCCUGAGGGACAAAUCGUGUGAACGUGCAGUAAAGUCCGGCAGCUUGGUCGACCUGCUGACCACCAUGUCAGCCGGGGUCGGCACAUGUGUUCACCCCUGUCUCAGUGCCGGCAGCGCUGUGAGCCAGUCGAAACUGUUUCAGUCCUCCCUCACAGGCCUCCUCGAAGAUGCCAGCCCG